AUGUUCAAGUACGCCGGUGCAACCGAUGCACCGAACAAUGGACAUGUAAACGUAGCAGCCAUCAUUCUCGGGGUACUGUUAGCUAUUGCUGUAAUUGUCAUCAUCAUCGGCUGCGUGGUGUGGAGGAAACGAAACAGCGACAGUGCUCCGAAGCUUGACGAUCAACUAAUCGAGAUUUCUAAUGUCAGAGAUCCGAGCACGCAUGGUAUUGAGUCACCAAUCAUAGAAGACAUUGAAAGGGACAUCAACGAAGACAUUGGCUUACCAGCAUGGGCUAAGGGACUGGAAAUCCAAUGGCAGAAUCUCACUAUUGAGGAUAAGGUCCUUGGCAAGGGAAUAUUUGGGGAAGUGAGAGCAGGCAGUCUCGAAAUCAGAGAAAUGUCCAAAGUAGCCAUCAAAACUGUCAAAGGUGCGACAACGACUGCUUCCGAAGACUUCCUGGUCGAGUUCAAGACAAUGUCUCAAAUCAAGCCACACCCGAACGUAGUUGGUCUGAUUGGCGCGUGUAUACACAAAGCCGUGUUGUACAUUGCUCUUGAAUAUCUCCCCAACGGCAACCUGCGUGACUACCUGAGGAGUACUCGCCCCCAGCAGCAGGUGGCAAUGAAGUCGGAUGAUGGUGUAUCACCUCUGACUUCCUCCAACUUACUGACAUUCGGCAUAGAUAUAGCCAGAGGAAUGGAUCACCUCUCUGACACUGGGAUAAUUCACCGUGACUUGGCUGCGAGGAACAUACUUCUCGGGGAGGACUUGACUGCCAAGAUUUCUGAUUUCGGACUAUCACGGGGAGAAGACAUCUACUUUCAGAAAUCGAAGAACCGCGUUCCUUUCCGCUGGUUGGCCAUCGAGUCUUUGACCCGUCGGAUGUACAAGUCUAAGAGUGAUGUGUGGUCAUUUGGGAUCGUGCUGUGGGAGAUAGCAACAUUCGGAGCGACGCCCUAUCCAGGAAUUCAGAGCAAGUUGUUGGCCAAACGAUUGCAGGAAGGCUACCGAAUGCCCAAGCCGGAAAACUGCGCCGAUGAAAUGUAA